AAGACGGGAACACAAGCAAAUUGUUUAAUUAAAACAAAAUUAUUUGCUUACACGCCAGUGAUCGUAGAUCUACCUAUCUCUUUGCAAGCUCAAUUGAUGGCGAACACAUCGCGAUUAUAUUUAACUUGCAUUCGGAACACUCUUGAAGCCGCGAUGUGCCUGCAGAAUUUUCCUUGUCAAGAAGUUGAAAGGCACAACAAACCGGAAGUAGAACUGAAGACCAGUCCCGAACUUUUACUUAAUCCUGUGUUGAUCUGUAGAAAUGAGGCUGAGAAAUGUUUGAUAGAAACAUCUAUAAAUUCUCUGCGCAUUAGUCUUAAGGUAAAGCAGGCAGAUGAACUUGAAAACAUACUGACGAAGAAGUUCCUUAGAUUUUUAUCAAUGAGAGCAGAAGCAUUUCAAGUGUUAAGGAGAAAGCCAGUACAGGGUUAUGACAUAAGUUUUCUUAUAACUAAUUACCACUGUGAAGAGAUGCAAAAGCAGAAACUCAUAGAUUUUAUUGUGCAGUUCAUGGAGGAUAUUGAUAAAGAAAUAAGUGAAUUAAAAUUAUCCGUGAACACAAGAGGGAGGCUGGUUGCUACAGAGUUUCUGAAGCAAUUCAUCUGAAGACAUGGUUUCUACAAGUCUGAAAUUGAGUUAUGUUCUUGAGAAUAUAUGAAAUGUUUGGUAGCGUAGCACAAUCUGGGAAAUGAAGUUCUUGAGAUUUGACACAUGGAGCUAAUAAAUCUGGUCGUGUAAAUUGAAUACAUUUUAGUUUAUAGGUUUUCAUUUCCCACACAGCUUGUGAUUAAUAGAUUUGAAUUUCUGUUAUCGUGAAGUCUUUGCAUGAAAUGCUCAAGUUGGUACACGGUUAUUCAUAUUCUACCUUGCCGAAGA